AUGCAAGUCACCAGUCAAUUAACAACUAACAUUGCCGUGACGCACAGGACUGCUGCUUUCGACUCAUCCCAACAACACUGUUUAUCCAAAUCUAACGACGUUGGUGGCGGGAUCCGUGACAAAGCAACCUUGCUUCGGCUAGUGGAGUACACGGUCAGGACGCGAAUGCACCACAUCGACAAGAACUAUAAACACUACGACCACCAGUUUGAAAACAUGCUCAGCAAGAAAGAGUUUGGUGAACUGUUGAUCGGGUAA